CGGUGACUUCUUGAGCUCAAGUUGCUUGUUCUAGAUUAUCUAGAGACUCUAGGUGAACAAAAAGCCAGUGCCCCUUGGUGAUUUGCUUGCGUUGGGGUUGUUAAAGUCCCGCAAGCCAGGCCAGUUCGGGUUAGCCUCCGAUAGAAUUGGAGAUACGAACUUGUGACUCAUUCCCACAGUAGUCUUCGUAUCUUAUAAGCAAGACCGGGAAGAUCGGGAGCUGGCCCAUGAUUAGCCUCCCUUAAAGAUAUCCCACCGCACUUGGAAACUAUUCAAACAAUCUUACGGAGAUGACCUCGAACACGGUCCGUGACAUCUCCGCCUCAGGCACACUUAAACAAGCCUAUGCGACAUCAUCGCCGUUCGAGGAGAAAAUCGGAUAUUACCGUGCCGUCCGUCACGGGCGGCAGAUCUUCGUCUCCGGCACUACGGCCGUCGACCCGGCGUCCCCCAGCGAUGCUCCUCAGAUUCUUUUCCCUGGGGACGCCCGCCAGCAGACACGUGCGGCUCUACAGGAAUGCAUUCGGGCCGUUCAAGCCCUAGGCGGCAAGGGUGCUGAGGAUGUUGUGCGUGUGAGGAUGUUUGUGAGUCGGCACGAAGACUGCACGGCCGUUGGGGAAGGGUUUACUGAGGUUCUGGGACGUGCAAGCCGGCCAGGGGUAGGAGCGGCCGCGACAAUGAUCGUGGUCAAUGGAUUCGUGGAUGAGAAAAUGUUAGUCGAGGUCGAGGUGGAUGCAAUCUUGGAGGAUUGAAAUGUUUCAUGCGCGAUGCAUAUCGUUCAAAUGUAAAUACUAGAAACCAUCGACUCUCUAGAGUGUUGAAUCAUAGGAGACAUCCAAUCAUUCUAUUCGAGCUGGCACACCUUAACUCAA